UCAUUCAUUUCCCAUCUUUUUCAGAUUCAUCAGUUUCACCAUGCUCUCAGAGUACGUGAUAAUCCCCUUGGUUCUUUUAACAAUACUCUUCCUUAUCUAUGAAGUUAAAAAGCACAAGAAGACAACAGUCCCUGGACCACCUUUCGUGGAGGGUAUUAGAACGCUUUUAAAAGGCCUUCAACAGAAUACACUCCAUAAGAUUGCUGCAAAAUGGGCUGCCAGAUAUGGCGAUAUCGUAGCAGUCGACGCCGUAUUUCGCCAAGUCGUCUUCGUUAACAAUGCAGGGCUGGCUCGCAAACUGCUCUGUGAUCCGAACACGAAGGAUCUGAGCAAUGACAGACCACCGUCUUUCACGGGGAAAGAGGUGUUUUUAAGUUACACAGAUAUCAUAACCGCGCCUUACAAUAAAGAUUUAAGCCAGAGAAGACGACUGUUUCACAAUGUACUCAAGUUCUACGGUCAGGGCGUCCACAAUUUUGAACAUCUGAUGAAAACUACUUCUCGGCAAUUAAUUGAUCGUUUGACACAGUACGAAGCGGACGUGCCUCUGUCGAUGGAACUCACUCGUUAUAUCCGCUGGGUAGUUGGGCUACUCCUUAAAGGCCCACACACUUGCGAGGAAGAUCUGGAAGCCAUGGUGACAUUUGUGAAUAAAGUAAACGAAUCGUACCUUUUUGAAAACGAAAUAUUCUUAGAAACAUUUCCAUUUGUUAAACAUAUCCCAGGUCUGAGGCUUAGACAGCUCGUCUUGGAAUUGAGGGCAGCUCAUACAGACCUGAAAAACAAAGUCUUCGUCUCUAUUAGAGAGACCUUCAUGAAAGGGGAGAAAAAUAGCAUCGUUACCGACUUACUGGAUCAGCAAGAAGAGCUGAAACAAAAAGGAAAUUAUACUGAUCUUUCCGAUGACGUCAUCAUAAGCCUUAUUUCGGACAUAGCUGCAGCUGCCUAUGCAACGACCGCAGGUACCCUGACCACCUUGUUUUUGCAGGUCAUUAGUGACCCAAAACUGCAGGAACGUAUGUAUAAAGAAAUCCGUGAAGUCAUUGGAAAUGAUGCUCCAAGCUUUGAAUACAAACGGCAGAUGCCUUACAUUGAAGCAACGAUUCUCGAAACAAUGAGGUAUUCAUCAGUUUUGCCUUUUCUUUUACCUCAUUAUGCAAGAAGUGACAUUAAUUUCGAGGGACAUUUCAUUCCAAAAAACACUUUCCUCCUCAUAAACUCUUGGUAUUUCCACCAUAGAGAAGACCUGUGGGAAGAUCCAUGGACAUUCAAGCCUGAAAGGUUCCUGGACAGCAACGGCCAACUGCUGGAGCCAGACCACCCGACACGUCAAAACCUUCUUGUGUUUGGGGCCGGCAGACGAGCGUGUCCCGGAGAAAGCUUUGCGAGGAUUCGUGUCUUCUUCGUCGUGGUCACAUUGCUCCAACAGUACCAGUUUCUUCCCCCGGAAGAUGAGGAUCUGCCAUCUUGCUGCCCAAGAGACUGGAAACAGCUGACGGUGAUAUCGCCUGAUCAGUUCAAGUGCCGGAUGAAACCCAGACCCAUGACGAGUUAGAUAAUGGCAAUAACGCUUGCUUGAAACGGCACGGAAACCGAACGACACAGAAGAAAAACGCAUCGCGGAUAAUGAAAACCUUACUUUGAGAUCUAGAAAUACGAAACAACGUUCGAACGAUUACUAUAAUUGUACCGGCAUCUGUGGUAGUUUCGAUUGGCUUCAUCUUGUUGUUUUGUUGAUAGACAUUCAACCUUUACAAGUUAAAAGGCAAGGGAUAUGUGGCAUGUGAUGUGGGAUCUUAACAAAAUGAUGAUCAUAACCUCAUAAGCAACAACAAAAAAGGCUUGUCAAAGUGUUCAUGCCGAGAUUUAAACUUUAGGUUCACGAACGUAUUUCAUAAUUAAGAGAUGCAUUGAAAAUGUUUUGUGCAGUAGCCUACCAACCAGAAAGCAAAAGUAGAGGCCAAGAGCAAGAAACUAUAUGAAUGUAAUGAGUUUAUCCUUCAAAGAAUUAUAUAAGCAAUAAAUUGUUAUUUUCUUCACGUUAUUGCUGAUAAUAAAUUUGGAAAAAGAUGGGACGUUGAUAGAAGUAUGGGAAACGGGCAUUGGUGACAAAUGGAAAAACAAAAACAAGGAAAAGGGAAAAGGGGGCAAUUCUACAUCACAUCCAGCAAUCUUCUUUAUAGAAGUGUGUUCUUAUGGAAUAUGCAAAGAGAAAAGAUUGAGGGCAGGUUUAUUGGGCGUUCAUUGUCCUUAAUAUUAUAAAAGUGUCCCAAUUAGGUACAAUUAACCUCACGUCCUGGUUCCUGCCCGUGAGUGCUUUCCACGCAAAUGGCUGUGACCGAAGUGAGCUAUUGAGGAAGAAAGGGCACUCUUAUUGUUCUUUGGCUGGUUUCAGACAAUUAACUAUAAAAGUUACAACUCUUGCAUCGAGGACACUCACUUUUACUUUGUCAAGUUUUCGGAAUCAGACCAAAGAGAAGAAAGAAUCGGACUGGGAACAAUUUAUGUCCUCUUGCUUCAUUUCUUUCUCUCUGUCUUUCUUUCUUUCUUACUUUCUUUCUUACUUUCUUUCUUACUUUCUUUCCCGUCUAGGUGUCUUCCCACGCACUACAGUACAUAGCCCUCUAACAAUGACCUCCAUUCGAUUCUGUCUGCUGUUUUCCGUAUCCAGGUUAUUGCCGUCGGCUCCCUGAUGUCAUUUUGCCUUAUCUCUGGUCUUCCUACCGAGCGUUUUUCUGUUCCUGGUCACAGUUCAGGGCAUUCUUUUUGUCUUCCUGUUAUCGUUCCUUCUGCUGAUUUGACAACCCCAAUUUUAUUUUGCCGGAGUGUAUUAUUCUUUUCAAACUUUGUAUGCUUAUUUGAUGAUGUAUUCCUGUCUAUACCCAGCAUCUCCCUUUCCAUUGCUCCAUGUACUGUCAUAAAUCUCUGUAUUAUAUUAUUCCAGUUAAUUUGCAAUGUUUGACACCCAUAGCUCAUUACUGUGACAAUGCACAGGUUGUAAACUUGUCUUUUUAGUGAUAUUAGCAGAUUUUGAUCCGAAAAUAUUUUUCUCUAUCUUCUAAAGCAGCAACGCCAAACAGCAAGAACUGUUUCCUUGUAAAAUGGAAAUCGAAAGGAUACACAGGCACUGCUUCAAGACUUGUCUGCUUCAAUGACCAAUUUGCUGAGAAGCUCUUGCCAACAAAGAGUUGCCUUUCUUGUAAAAAGAAAAGAAGAAGAAAAGAAAACAAAGAAAGAAAGAAAAACGGAAAGAAAGAAAGGCAUGUGCCAGUCCUAGCAAGCGUACUUAACACUCCUCUGCUUUAAAAAAGUAAGAUCAAAGUGAAGUACUUGAGGUACUCGCCUUUCUACCAAGAUCAAAAUUCUGUGGUAUAGACUGUAAGGUAUUAUGCCAUCGCAUGCUGAAGAAGUGAGUUUAAUGCCUGUAGGAGAAGAAAUAUUUCGUAUCUUCGUCUUUCUUCAGAGACGUUGUGUCCUUCUCAGCCUGUGUUCGCUCUGGCUGGCAGGCUCGAAGCACCCAGUUUCCUCGACUCUUUCGGUGCACUUUCAGGCGUAGAUCUUCGCGUUGGCGAAGUAUGUAACCCAAAAAGCCGCUUAGUCGGCGCUCUGGAAUCAAAGAGUUAAGGGCGGGUGGGGCACCAUGUCUAUUUUGGCUAUAACAAGGCCUAGAGUGCCCAUAUUUGCUGUGGGACAUUGUGUGUUAUUGGGGAUUUUAAAUCAAUAGUUUAAAAUGUAUACUGUGAAUCGGUUGCUAUGGAAACAGGCGUAAAACGUAAUAAUUACAAUAAUUACAUUAGAAGAGAAUGAAACGCUGAGCACUCAUCUUUUGCACUCGAACGUUAUCUCGAAAGGUUUUUACGGAAUAUCUCCCCAGAAAAGAUCUUGACUGAUCGAAACGAGCAAUACAAAGCCGGUCAUCAUUCAAAUAUUUUUUUUUCAGAUCAACAUUCAUCAUCAUUUUUGCAUUUUAUUAUACAUGUAUAAUUUCUGUUCACUUCUUUGUCAUAGAGAGUAUUUUUGUUAUACUUAUUUCAUAACCCUAUUUCAGCAACGGUACAUGUAAAUGGCUGAAGCUGCUUACCUAACUUUAUUAUUCACUUAAAUGUCCAUGUCGACAAUAUUCGAAAAGAAAAUGUAGAGAUUAUAAUAUUAGCAUAUGAGACGAGUGGUCACUGGCAGUUGCCUUUAUCAGUAUAAAGCUUGUGUAUGGUGACCAUUUAAUUGAAAUACCUGUGCCUGAUUUAAAAAAUAUUAUGAAUGAGCCAUACAAAAAAAAAACAUAUUGAGUACACAAUGCAAUCCGUGGGUUAACAAAAAUACAGAGAACAGCUGAUACAUAGUCGGUCAGCCAAAAUACACAAUUUAAUAGAUACAUAGUCAUUCACAUAAUAUUGUACAUGUACAUGAACAAUCUCAGACUCCCCCCCCCCUUCCAUUUUUACCAACCCCCAACCUCUGGAAUGCCACUAAACACUGCUCUGAUCCCACAUUUCAGUGCUAGCUUGUCGAUUUCCUCCCAAAACUGUCGAGUUGUCUGCACGUGGGUCUCGAAAAGAGCUCACAGUUCCUUGUUCUUGAUCUAUCCCUCAACGCACAGCGUCGCGUGGCGCAGAGUGGACACACGCGGCCCGUCGUUCCUUUACGUGGGUAGCGUCACUGCUGCGAGUUCUAGAACUAGAUCUACAUAGAUCUAGCCUUUCAGUUCUAUAUAUAUAGCUAUUCUUUCUAGGAUCAGUUACUGAUGUUUCUUUUUUGUUUGAGUGUGUACUCUGUCUCGCAGUAAGAAAACGGCAUUGCCGCAUUUUCAUCGUGCAUAGAGUAUAGCUGCUUUUCAGGACAUGCUACUUUGUGUAUAGUUUCUUUUUUCUGGGGUUUUUUUCUGUCGAGAAUACUUAACUGCUUUAGCUGUCAUUUAUAGUGCAUAUCUGAGCAAAUCUCAGUAGAGUACUUAAAUUCUGUUUUUCCAAUAUGAUUUUCUUUGCAUAAACGCACUUGUCAUUUCCUCUUUACAUGCCCAUUACGUAAAAUAUUAACAUAAUCUUAGAAAUGUAUGGUACUUUUAAAAAAAUUGUAAAUAAAACGUAUUUCUUUGUGUUGUCAUAUUUGUUACCACUGUACUCUUUACAGGCGCAGUAUGUACUCACUCUCAUGGCUGUAAUAGCUGCACAAGGGCAGACUUACAGUUGAACGAUCUCUCCAUCGCUACAGUGCCCAUGUCUUCUGUGGUCUUCUGUGUUCUUGUAUUAAGAUAGAUAAGAGCAACUGUACCUCUAGCGGAUUCAUUUUAAUAAAAGAAAAAUAUUAUA